AACAUGACACCAGGCUUCAUUUGGUCUUGCCACCUCUGUUUCGGGUUUUCAGACGUAACAGUGGGUCAUUGAGAUCAUUUACGUUUGAGACAGACGUAUAAAAUCACAAAGCACAUCCAUCUCCUUUUGCAUACAGAGCUUCUCCAGUAUUUGUGCUGCUAGGGUGAUGUCAUCAACCUUUUUCACUCGACUGGCAAGAUGCAGUGGGCUUCAUCUGGGUCGUAGUGGUCCUUUUCGUAUGGCCCUACUCCCACUCCACCAUCAACUCCUUGUCACCCAGAAACAGCUUUUCAAAUCUUCAGCAAGAUUAUAUAGUAAUACAAGGUUUGAUCCAGACAGCAGUGGCCAGCCAGCGACAUGGGAUUCGUUUGGUAUCUGGGAUGAUCGUAUUGAUGAACCUAUUAUGCUGCCUCCCAGCAUCCGUUACGGCACGCCUAUUCCCAAGGUCAGCUUAUCCAAGGUGGGCUGUGCUUCACUUAUUGGUCAACGCAAGGAAAAUGAAGACCGUUUCCAGGUUUCCCAAAUGACUGACAACAUCCUUUAUUUUGCUGUGUUUGAUGGGCAUGGUGGGCCUGAAGCAGCUGACUAUUGUGACAAAUACAUGGAAAAAUACAUCAAGGACUUUGUGGCACAAGAGGACAAUCUGGAAGUAGUUUUAACUAAAGCCUUCCUUGAAAUAGACAAAGCUCUGGCAAGACACCUCCACUUCACCCCAAAUGGACCCAGCAUGAGUGCAGGCUCCACCGCCACAGUGGCACUGCUGAGGGAUGGCAUUGAGCUGGUAGUGGGCAGUGUAGGCGACAGCCGUGCCAUGCUGUGCCGCAAGGGCAAGGCUCUAAAACUCACUGAUGACCACGUCCCCGAGAGGAGGGAUGAAAAAGAAAGAGUAAAGAAGAGUGGAGGUUUUAUCACCUGGAAUAGUUUGGGGCAGCCCAAUGUCAAUGGCAGGUUGGCCAUGACACGCAGCAUUGGUGACUUUGACCUGAAGAACAAGGGUGUAAUUGCUGAGCCUGAGACCAAGAGACUAACAUUGCACCAUGCCCAUGACUCAUUCCUGGCGCUUACCACAGAUGGCAUCAACUUCAUCAUGAACAGUCAAGAGAUCUGUAAUGUCAUCAGCCAUUGCCAUGACCCUAAAGAGGCAGCACAGAAAAUACCUGAGCAGGCUCUUCACUACGGCUCAGAAGACAACAGUACGAUUGUUGUCGUGCCCUUUGGUGCGUGGGGGAAGCACAAGAGUUCAGACACAAGUUUCUCCUUCAGCCGAAGCUUUGUUUCCAGCGGUCGCUGGGCCUAAUCACUCAGAUGUGAGAUAUAAGUUCGGUCUGUGGACCUAAUCAGUGUGUGCAAUACAAUCAGUCAAGAGUGUGUUCGCUGUCUCGUUGUGAAGAGCUGCACAGUGAAGAAUAUUGCAGAUAAUUCCAGCUUUUCUGUUUUGGGGGAACUGGUGUUAAUACCAGACUUUGUUCAUGUCGACGUGAUGUGUUUGACUAAUGGUGAAUAUCAAAGGAAAGAAAAGAGAAGCGGGGGGGCUCACUCAUACUGCGUCUGCAUAUGCAAACUGCAGCUAGCAUUUUCUUUAAGGUGAACGGCCAUUGGUCAAACAUGUCACGUUGGUGUAACAGUUGUUGACAUAAAUAGCAAGUUACCCCACACUUGGAAAUCCAGCAAUAUCUGGAAAACAUCCAUCACUGCUCGCAUUUGUCUUACAAGUCAUCCGUAAGGAUUAGAAUUUUUUGAAAUUUGUUCAUUAGCUUCUGUGAUUUCACGUAAAAGAAAAACCUCCUUAUGCAAAAUUUUUAUCUGCUAGUGGGCCAAUGAUUGUAGCGUUGCUAGAAGCUCAGAUGAGUCUGCACGUGUCUGACCUACAAGCUUUCAGUUGGUUGUUGUGUGUUCUGCUGUACACUGGUUAACAACUAGUAUUUUUGUCUGACAUUCAGAUAAUUUAAAAAAAAAAUCUGUUUAUCUCGUAAUGCCACAAGAAACUGACAAACAUGUAGAAAUGUUAAAGCAAA